AAAAAAAAAACAUAAGCCCAUUACUUUUUUUCUUAAUACUAUUAUCCUUGUUUUCCAACAAAAAUAUUUUUUUUUAAAAGACUGCAAUCCAUGUUUCCAAACACUCCAAAUUUUUAAAAGUCCUAUUCAAGUCUCCAAACACUCCAAUUUUGUACUUGAGUUUUAAUAAGAUAGAUGUCGUGACCACCGACAAAUCGAAGACGUUGCCGACGGCUGGUUUGAUGGUGUAGAAACAGUUCUAGACAGGCUGCUCAAUCAUACACAUGCAAUAAAUAAAAUUAUAGAAAAUUCUGACUGAUAUUUUCACCAGAGAGUUUGACAAAGCGGCAAAAAGUACAAGUUGCUUUUAUCCUGUCAGUAAGUACAAGUCGUGAUCGCCAGUUUUUUCUGAAGACAAUAAAAUUUGUUUACAUGAAAGCGGUAGUUCAGGAUUUUCAGAAAUCUUCUCAGUCACAUACUUCUUACGUUCCAUAUAGAUUAAACUUUUGUAUUUUUAGUGGCUAAUCUCUGUGAAAGUUAUUGAUAGAGACUGCUUUGACUUAUUGAACUACAAUUGGACUCGGAGCUAUUAUUACUAGAGUAUUUUGUUUUGGCUCGUUUGAUUGAAUAAUUGUUAGUUUGUUUCGUAGUGAAUCCAAGAUUAUACAAACAUUUUCGAAAAUGAAAUGGUAAUGACUAGUCGACACAAAAUCUGGUAAUGAGUCCGAAUGUCGAAAUAUAUUUCCUUUAUAAUGAAGCAUAAGUCCCUACCCAAAUCGGGAAAUCUGCAUAAGAAGAUAAGCCACGUGUGAAGGAGCUUCAUCAUUCAAUAGAGAUCCAUCGUCAACAUUCAACACACACACACUUGUUCUUACGGGCUCCCAAACAAAACUCAUAUCACAUUUGAACUUUUUUUAUACACUUAGCCCCAGUUAUAUUCAUUACGACCCUUCCCUCAUGUCUCUACCGUCUGAUCACGGAUUCUAGCUGUAAUCAAGGGGGCAGGUUUAAUGAACUGGGCCUUUGACUAGUGUACUAAACUGCCUUUCAUCAUGUAGCUGACAUUUUCUUCUUGUAUUUUGGCACAGUUGGCCUUUAAAAGAAAGAUUAUAAUCCAUAAUAACAGUUUUACAAUUCAUUGGCCUAGUUUGUUUUGAUCUUACGAGGAGGAUGGAGAUGGUAGAUUGAGAUUUGCGUAGAGUUCAAUCGGUUUUCAUUACUCACUAUUCAAUAGUUGCCUUCAACUAAGUUUUUGGCUUCAAUUUCUAAAUGCAUUAUAAGUUUAGAACUGUCUAAUUUUCAAAUUAAACAAUUUUCCUUUCUCAUAAAGAUGUAUAUUUUAGAAAAAUAUUUCAAAAAGAUACAUUUUUAUAUUUUCAGUGAAAUCAACUAAUAAUAAUUAAUUAUAAACUUAAAAUUUUCCAUUUACUAACUUUUUAUUAGUUUAGAAUUAUGAGAAAUAAAUAACCACAAAAAUUAAACAUUCAAUAUUAUAAUUUAAUAUAAUUUAUUAAUAUGUGUAAAAAAUUUAAAACAUGCAUCAUUUUGGACAGUCAAGAUAAACUAUCUAAGCUUCUCUAAACUUCCAGUGUUUCGCAUAGAAUAAGAAGGGUCAAACUUUGUGUGUGUUUAUAUUAUGAAUAUUAGGCACACCCUUUAAUAACGUGUUAAUUAAUUUGAUAAUACAUAAUCAGAGACUAGACUACCCUUCCUUUUAAAGGCUCGAUACAAUUCACUAAAGACAUCUCUCUCUCAUGAUUCAUGAAGAUUGAGUUAUUUUUAGUAAAACAUGUGAUCGUAUUCAUAGCUAAUAAAAGGCUACAUAAAUAUAUAAAUGUAGUCAGUGUCUAAUUAUUUAUUACCUAAAUAUUAAAUUUAAAAUUCGGGCGCCCAUAUCAGGUUAAUUAACAUCUCCUGAUUAUCCUACCCACAUCUUUGUUUGUUUCAGAAACAAGUAUCCGACCCGGUAUGACCCGACUCUACCAUCCUUUUCUUUCUGCCAACAAAAUCAUAAAUAAUUUCGAUGCGAAAUAUUAGAAGGCAAAUAUCGAGAAGAAAGCGAGUGCUCUUCUCAGCCUCAGCCUCUUGUCACCACUAACUCCGAGAGAGAGUGGGUUUGAUAUCAUCAGUGAGAGAGACGAAGAACACUAAUAGUAACGGAAGAGGAAUGGGUUUCCUCUUAGUCUUCUUCCCAGACCAAAACGACGUCUCUCCUUCUUCUUCUUCUUCUUCGUCUCCGGCGAAGACUCUCUUCCGCUCCAGAUCUUCCCGUCUUCUCCUCUCCAAAGCUCAAUCUACCAUCUCCAUCUGCAUCCUCCUCCUCUUCCUCACCUUGUUCCUCUUCACUCUCUCCACCUUCGAACCUUCCUCCGUCUUCCCCGCCGUUUCUCCCCGUUCACACCGUCGUUUUCUCCUCGCUCGCACCGUCUCCGUCGCCAAAACUCGACCUCUCGCUCUACAGAGGAUGGGCACUCUGUUUCUGAGAGGAACCAAGUGCAUGCACGAUUUGGUCGUCGCUCAUGUCGCUUCCGACACGACGGAGGAAGAUCUCCGCCUCUUCAUGCGCUUGCUUCACCGUUCCGGUGUCACUUCCCGUUCCGACGUCGUUUUACUCUUCAACUCCCCUUCUUCCGUCACUAGACUCACCAAUAUGAUAGAGGAAGAGAACAACUCGUUCUUGAAACUCGUCGACGUUCACCGGACUUCAAACUCCUCUAACCAAAACGGCCCCGUUUUGGGAUUCAAUCUCACCCGUUUCAUGAAGAAGCAAUCCAAGAAGGAUACGUCUGAGCCUAUCUGGGGGAAGAAGAGCCACCGAGUCAACGAUUCAGCACUGAACGAGACGACCGAGUCGUUGACUCACGGCUCUGUGGUGGGCUUCGACGUGGCCGAGUUGGACCCGGAGAACUCGCUGUCUGGGUUUAUUGAGCACGUGCCGAUUAGCUUGAGGAGAUGGGCGUGUUACCCAAUGCUGCUCGGACGAGUCAGACGCAACUUCAAGCACGUGAUGCUCGUUGACGCAAAGACCUCACUGUUCGUCGGUGACCCGUUUACCCGGAUACGUAACCGGAGCCCCGAGUCAGUCCUCUUCUUCUCCAAACACAGUAACAAGAAAGCUUCCGACAUUAACCCAGCGGUUUUGAUCGGUGGAGCGAAGGGUAUCAGGAGGUUGUCGAGCGCAAUGCACACGGAGAUCGUGAGAGCGGCAAUGCAGCAGCAGCAACACAAGAGAAAGAGCGUUGUGUCGGAAUCUGUUGUGAUGAGUCAACUCGUUGGGAAUGUUCAUAUGACGAAGAACAUCGAAGUCAUUGGUCCGAGUGAGUCGAUUACGGAUGCGAGUUCGGUGGCUGAGUUAAGGACAAGAAACUCGGCGGCUGCGUCGAUAAAGAGUCAUGAUAUAGUACAACGUGGUAAUAGUAAUCAUCUUGAUAUUAUGGCGAUUAUUAUGAAACGUAUUUGUUCCUAUGAGUUAGAUUCUUCUGUCUAUAGUUACUGUUAGCAUUGUUGUUAUUUUUGGAAACAAAAAGAGGAAAAAUAUACAAAUAAAAUUAGGGAAUAUUUUCGUUUU